AUGUUUAUCACGGUGAUGUCUGGAGCUGGCUGCUGGGAGCUGGUGAACCCCUGGUGCAGCCUGGUGCUCCUCAUCACCCACCUGAGGCAGAGGGGGCAGGUGCCCCCAGAUGUGACCAUAGCCCUCCUGGCUGAGGACAGGCACCUGGUGAACCUGGCUGAGGGACUGGAGGAGGGGCCUUCCCUGGCGCCCUCCAUGGGCAGCCCCCUGCUGCAGGAGCGUGGGAUCUAUGUCCUAGUGCAGAUCAUCAACGGUGAGGGCGGGGCCCCCACCUGCUAUGAGUCCCUCCUGGAGAACCUGGAUGAGCGGUGUCCAGAGCUGGCAGAGGAGCUGCGCUGGCUGUCGGGACUCCCCCACCCCCCCACCCUGGGCGAUGGCUGGAGAAGGCGUGCCGGCACUCUGCGUGGCCACCAGGAGCAAGGCCCUCCUUCACGGCCCCGAAGGGUGGGCUUCCUGCUGCCUGGGACCCACUAG